GCUAACGCCAAUGAAGAUGAGGGGCAUGUGCAAACCCCUCCGUCCCAACAGUCUGAUGCACAUGUGGUCACCUCGCAGGGUGGAGCAGCAACCUCCCGUGGAGGUUCAUCUCGCCCGGUGUAUGCCCCCCCCCCCUGAAGCCGAGCGAAACAAUAACAAUGCGCAUCGGAUGACACCUCCAUCGAUUCAUAGCGAUAAUGAGGAGUUGCAAAGAAUCAAAGCUAUAGUUGCCGGUCAUUACACCAGUCCUUGGUCGACCUACCUAGAGGUUCCAGCUGACGUCCGUGAGUUUUGGUGGCGGAUGUUCAAGGUAAAAAUAAGUGAUAUUUCUCACAUUUUAGAAACUUAAAUUUAACAAUUGAUAUCAAUUUUUUAAUGAAGGCCCAACAUCGAUGGCAUCCAUCGCAAGAUGCCGUUGUUCUCAAAGAAUACAAAUCUAGAGUCUCGGGGUGGUUGAGACCCACUUUUAGGACUGCCCGGAGUAAAUGCAAACAUCCGGGAUUCCUUGGUGAUGAUGUCUGGAAGGACCUCGUUCAUCAUUGGUCUACGGAUCCGGAGUUUUCGAAGAGAGGCGAAGCUGGCAAAGCAAAUCGGAACUCGGAGAGAGCCAAAGAGACACAAUGGCACGGGGGCCGCAAAUUAAACCUCAAGUUCAACAUAAAAAAGAUCUUCAAGGGCCUGGACCCCAGAAAAAGAGGGUGUCACCGUGUCGCCAUGGCAACUUAUCAGAAGUUGUUGGAAUCCGCACGGGUCUGAGUCGUCAUCGUUGCCACUUCGCCUCUCCGAAAUUGAAAGAAAGUAUGAGGAAGAGCGAGGAAAGAAGGUCAUGGAGCGUGGUGAUGAUUCCGAUGCUAAUCUUGAUGAGUUUGAAGAUGAUGAUGCCGUUUUGGCGGCCACUGGAGUUUACAAGGGCCGGGUGCCCUUCUUGGGGUUUGAAGGCAUACGGCUCUUGCAAAACUCCAGAGGAGCAAGCUCGUCUUCUCAUCAAGUGAAUGAUGAACGGGAUGAACAGAUUGCCCGCUUGGACCAAGAAAUAGCUCAGCAACGGGCGGAACGGGAGAAAGAGGAACGGAGAACUAGAGAACGGAUGGCUGAGUUUGAACGACAAAUGAAACGUUUAAACGCCACCUAUCGCCCUACCAUGCACAUUCAGCAUCCCGAGAUGACCCCUCAAGUUCCUUUCAUGGGCAACAUGGGCGGUAUGGCGUUUGGCAAUUAUAGCCAUCUGUCCCCAAAUUUUCUGUAUUCUUAUUAUGAUCAACCACAUCCAACUCCCGGAGGCCGAAGCAGUCGAGGGGGCAGCCGAGCGGGCAGCCGUGGAGGUGCCCGUGGCAACAGGGAACCCGAACAGCCCAGACAGCUUGUUGAUGAUGACAAUGAUGAUGAUGACAAUGAUGAUGCCUAAAUGGGGUUGUAAUAAUUAGUUUAAAUGCAAUUGAUAUUGAAUCAUUAUGUGAUUA